UAAGAAGGGGGGGCUGGGGAGCAGUUGACAAGGGUGAAACAACCUGCUACAAUAGGUGAGAGAACCUUCUGGGUCGGAGGGUUACCAUCAUCUCGGUCAAAUAGCAUUCCUUCAUUAUGGCAUCACUGUGUUCAUCCUCUGGAGAGGAAGUAAACCGUGCACUGUAAAGCAAUCUGUUGGCAGUUCGCACUUCAAUGCUUGAGUUUUUCCAGGCCUCAUUUGCUUUGUCACUUUUAUUUAUUUUUUUUUUUUCUCUUUACGUUUCGGUUUGAAGGUGGUGGUGGUUACGCUGUCAAAAACAUGCUUAAAGCACAGCUAAGCGUCUGCUACGAGGACACAGGCAGACAAGGUUCUUUGGGUAAACCCAAUAUCUUUUAUUAGACCAACUAAAAUAGUUGGAAAAACAACCUAUACCCCUGCUACGAGGACACUGAUUUAAAGGAAACGACCUACUGCAGGCCAGAGAUACUGCAUCACGACUUUGUUUUGGCUUCGUUUUUCUCUUAUCUAUACGUGGUGUUAAUCAAGGCCAGCUUCCAUGAAGGUCUAAGGAUGGGUGGCAGCAUGUGUGUGGUUUUUUUUGGUCUUUUCUGAAAUCCAUUAUGUCACUGAGUUGAAAGCUUGCGUUGCUUCUUAUGGCAGCAUUUAACAGCUUUUCUGCUCCAGCAUGUUUUUUGGUUUUUUUUUUGGUUGUUUUUUUUGUCUCUAAAACCCUUGCCCAUGUGACUGCCACUUAGCAGAAAAUGUCGUGGCCUAUGUGCAUUGUUUGAAUGGAUGUUUAAUGUCAAUCAGGGCUGUCCGGUGGGCGGCCUGAAGGCUUAAUGUGCAGCCCCCGGGCUCCCACCCACUCACCACUCUGCCUGUUGCUCUUGCGGCAGUGGCUGGGGACUCUGAGCUCCUGCUCCCCCUCUGGCAUCCUAGUCCCUGCCCCAAAUACUGGGGGGGUUGCACAGCGGGAGGGGCCAGGCUGCCUGUUGUGGGGGAGGGAGCUGAGCUGUGCUUGGCAAAGGAGGGAGCGUUGGCUGUGUGCUGCUGGUGGCUUAUCUGUGCAGCCAGGAAUAGGAUGCAUGGGGGAGGGGGGUGGUUCCUUGUAUGGCCAGGGAGGGCAGCUACAGCAUGCAGACCCCAAAUGCUCAAUGAGUAGCCUUGAUGUAAGGUGUCCUGUCGGCAUCAAGCAGGGGGUCAAACAUAGCACGUGCCUUCGACUGGCCUCUGGAGCAGAUGUAUUGUUGUGAUGAUUUAUAUCUUGGUGGGGCUCGAACCUCUAGUCUGGGCCCCAGUUUCUAGGUGGCAGAGACGCAGUGAAACGCUGCAUGGGGCAGGAAGAGCAGAUGAGGGAGCCUGGUGCGGAAAUAGAGAUGGAUUGGCUGUGACAGCGUGCCUUAGCCAGGGAGGCAGUUAUGAUGAAGAGUUCCUGCAGAGCUGGCCUCCACAGGGAACCUCUGAAUUCCACAUCCUCCACCGUCCACCACGUCAAAAGGGUUACUGGCAUGCACUUAAAGCCAUAUCUCAAGUUACAGAAGAGAGAAAGAUCUCUAGAAAUAAGCCAAGACUCCCUGAGAGCCCCACACAUGAACCAUCAGAGGUCGCCACAAGAGAAGUAUACAAACAGUUGCACCAAACUGAGCAUUUUGCCGAAACCUUCCAGUGUGACACCAUCUCGGAAGCUUUUGGGAAUUCUUUACCCUAAUACUAUGUGCAAUACAAGCGGGAAACCUCCAGCUGAAGGCCCGAGCCCUCGAGAGAAAAAGAGCGCCCUGUCUGCAACCAUCCAUCAGGGGGAUGAAGGGGAGGGACCACUGGAUGUUUGGGCUGUGGUGAAGCCUGGGAAUACCAAGGAGAAAAUUGCUUUCUUUGCAGCCCAGCAAUGUAGCAAUAAUCGGUUAGGCUCAAUGAAAAUUAAAAGCACCUGGGAUAUUGAUGGCAGAGCAGCCAAACGGAGGAAAAAAUCAAUCGACCUUAAGAAAGCAAAGAUUCAGUUGGAAAGGAUGAGAGAGGCUAACACCAGGUGCCCUCAGCCUGAGCCUUUUGCAUGUGGCAUUGAGCAUUGUUCUGUGCAUUAUGUGAAUGAGAACGGUGAUGGGAUAGUUCCAGGUCGAUCUCUAUCUGUAAUAGAGAUGGUGGCUUUUCUGGAACAAAGGGCAAAUGCUUUGCUAGUGGACUGCACCAAAAACUGUACAAACGCCACUUCAACCAGGCUGACUGGUCAACCCAAAGGCGCUCCACCUGCCUCAGACCCCUUCUCUGCUGUCGGGACCUGCGAGGAACAUCCCGAGAGGGAAGCUUGUGGGACCGGUGAGCAGCAGAAUGAGCCCGUGCGGGUGCUGGACAUGGUCGCGAAGCUGGAAUCGGAGUGCCUGAGACGCCAGAGCGAGCGCGAAGCGGGGAGUCUGUCUAGAAACAACAGUUUCCGGAGGAACGUGGGGCGGGUGUUACUGGCAACCAGCACGCCGGCCGAGAGCGAAACAGCGAAGGCAUCUUCUGAAGCCCUUGAUCAGGAGGUAAGUUUAGAGGAUCCUGUGACGGCGGAGGAUGUUGGGCAGAGAACAAAGUGUGGCCCUUUGGUUGACAGCGAGUUAUGGGAAGUCGCUGCUUCUGAACCACAGUCCUUGCCGGUGCUGGUGGAUGCUCGUGCGGUGAACACAGACUUUGAGCUGGCUCAAGACCCCUCAGCAGCAGCAAGCAGCAGGUACAGCUCUGAGAGGCUGAGGGAACCUCUCAUCUCUCCCCCUUCGGCACGCCCAAAAGCUGCUGGGCUGCCGCCACCUUCCUUGCAGGGCAAGAGUGUUCUCAAUUGUACAUCUGAGCCUGUAACAACUGCUAACCCACGUUCUCCUCCUGUGAGGAAGGAGUCCUUAUGCAUCAGCAUAUCUGCCACCAAAAGCGAGAAGGGAUGCAGGAAAGAUCAGCUGUUUCAUUUAAGCUCUGGUGGGGAAGAUUCGCUACCAGGGAGGCUCUUCUUUCCUCAGCCUGCUCGACAAACCAAUCGGGAGCAUAAACAGUUGGGGAAAGGUGCUAAUGAAAACCCACAAGCAGCAGCCCAGCGGGAGGAUGCUUCUGAGGAUAACAAAGUGUGUGUGAUGAACAGCGUUUCUACAGAGCCAUUUACCCUCCCAGUAUCUCUCCCAGAAAGUGCUUUGCAGGUACUUGACCCUUCCUGUUUAAAAAAGCAGGUGUCUCAUGACUUUUUGGAGACUCGGUUUAAAAUUCAGCAGCUGUUGGAGCCUCAGCAGUACAUGGCCUUCUUGCCCCACCACAUCAUGGUCAAAAUCUUUGGAUUGCUUCCCACUAGGAGUCUGGUGGCCCUUAAAUGUACUUGUUAUUACUUCAAAUUUAUCAUUGAAUACUACAAUAUAAGGCCAGCAGAUUCCCGCUGGGUCCGUGAUCCCCGCUACAGAGAAGAUCCCUGCAAGCAGUGCAAAAAGACAUAUGUGAAAGGGGAUGUGUCACUGUGCCGAUGGCAUCCUAAGCCAUACUGUCAGGCUUUGCCAUAUGGGCCAGGGUAUUGGAUGUGCUGUCACAGGUCUCAGAAGGGCAUCCCCGGAUGCAAAUUAGGUCUUCAUGACAAUCGUUGGGUUCCUGCCUGCCAUAGCUUUAACCGCGCUAUUCACAAGAAAUCCAGAGGAGCAGAAUCAGAAGAAGAGUAUUAGUGCACAUACACUUUCUUGUGAGAUGUUAUCCUUGGUAGGAGGACAUUCUUAUGCCUUGUGCUGUUUACAGUGUAUAUAAUUGUCGUGGUUUUUUUCCCCACAGGGCUAUGAAACUGCACAUACUUAAACACGAGAGCCUUUACCUUUUAGACUUAAAGAUUAGCUUUUAGCCCCAUCCAUGUAAAUAACACUAUAAAAACUAAUUGUACAUAUAGAGUCUACAGCUGGCUGAACAACUUUAAUCACUACAAUGCAGCUAUGAUAGUGUUGCGGCUACAGUUGUGUGUGUUUUUAAGUGUCUUGUUCCAAAAUCUGUAUAUCCUGUAUAAUAUAUGAAUGUUUCUGGGAAGAAACUCUAAAUAGGUAAAGAUCAACUUGUUUAAAGGAUCGUCAAAUGAUUUAACUGGAUAACCUUUAAAAUUUAGGCUAGAACAGAUAUGUCAUAGUAGUGUGGCAGUGGACAAAAAGAGAGGAAUAUUAUUGUAUAGUCAGAAUAUAAAAAGGUUCUUGUCUACCUUACCCUAGUUGUCUGGUUUUUGGUUUGUUUGUUUGUUUUUUUCCUUUUUUUUUUUUUUUUUUCCUUUCUUUUAAUAAAAUGUGCAUUCUGGAUCUGCCUUAUCUGACUUCCUCUCCGUGUGACACUGCCCUGAAAUCAAGUGAGGUAAAACCUAGGGGCAGCAGCUUAAGCUGUGGUGUAGCGAACAAGAACUUCUACUUUCAGGACAUGGAUGGGAAGGGGCUACCUGGGCCACUGAGUCUAGCCCUUAAUGCAGGUAACUAACUCUUAUCCAGAGUCUUAAAAUGUGCCCACUCCACACCGGUACUUCAAGAGCAGAAAACCAGGACAAAAUCUGAGGAGAUGAGACUGUAGCAGAGAAAUGAACAGUUUUAACUCUCGUGCAAAGGACUCCAGGAAGAGGACCACGUCCACCCUAUGGAGGAAACCCCUGCAUUUCUUUACCUGAAGAAGAAUUCCUGAUUUGGAGCUUGAGUUUGACGCUGGACAGGAGGGCCAGACCCUGGAGCCAGGUGCCUGUGAGGUUUUUAAGCCCUGGCAGAAACUCCAGACCCUGCCAAUCAAUUUUCAGUCUUUGCUGUAAGAAUUUGACUUUUGCAUUUAAAAAUAAAUAGCAAAUGACUCUUAUGAAAUUGCUUGUCAUGGGCAUCAGGGGAACAUUUGAGCUUGUGCUCUUCUCCUGUACUAAUUUGCUGCUUGAUGCUAUGGCAUAAGCUUGGAGCACCAGCUGCAGGUCUCGAAGGAAACUUUUAGGCUGUGUCUACAGCAAAGUUUGGAUUGGAUUAUGCUUUUUUUUUUAAGAGGGGGGGGUACUACUAACCUCCCAAAUUUUAACUCUUGCUUUAGUCCUCAACUGUGGCUUGGUUCUAGGUGGCAGCUGGCUACUCAUGUACUUCUGUUUAAAUCAGUGAGAUGACUGCUGUCUAUUGGACUAGGCCUGGUAGAAUAAGUGCUGAGUAAGCCAGAUUGUGGGACUGGCCUCACUAGCUAUUUUGCUUGUGUGAAGUUCAGCUAGGUGCCCCUAUGGGUACAGUUUGCUUUCAAGUGAUAAGACCCAAGCUCUGGGGAAAUCAGCCUUAACUUAAAAGAAAUUCCAGGCAGUGCAAAGUCCAAGAGCAGGCAUGUGGACCCUUCACAAAGGCUCUGGCCUUGGGUUCUGAGCUGUAUAUGCAGCUAAGUAUCUCUGCAGUGCGGAUACCACCUUGUGCUUCCUGUCUGCCCCCUAUGGCAGCCUGAGGGAUGUGCACCUCUGCCCAACUUCUUGAACAAAUUCACCUUCUUCUGUCAAAACUGAACAACCAGUGCAAAGACCUCCAGCUACACAAGAUGACUCCCUUCCAAAUGGGAAUGAAAACAGGAUGCCUAGGAAAGCAGGGCUCAAAGGGACCCUCACAUGAUCAUCUAGUCCAGCUCUCUGCUCAAGGCAGGAUCAUCCUCAACUAUGCUGUCCCAACCAAGUGUCUGUCUAACCUGUACUUGAAAGUGUCCAAGCAUGGAGAAUCCACUUCUAUACUUGACUAUGCUCAGAGAAAGUUUCUCUUCAUCUGCAGUCUAAAUAUCUCUGCUGCAGCUUCAGGCCAUUGCUCCUAGCCCUGACUCCUGCAGCCACUGAGAAAACCUUAUCUGCAUCCCACGCCAGAGCCCCAGCCAGACAGGUGGCUUGAAAAAGCAUUAUCCAGUCUGGAAAUACCAGCUGCACAUGGCAGUCAUUUUAUUUGUAGAUGCAAACAUCAGUCAUAACAAACUGUAAGAACAAGAGCUCCACAUUUUGAGGAUUAGUUAGGUAAAGACAAUUUUUUUUCAGGCAAGGCAGAGAGGUGAACAUCCAGCUUCCAGGAAAUGAAAAGAUACAAGGAUGUGGGACCAGCCCAAGGGCAUCAACACCUAAUUCAGCAGGGCCAGAACAAACAUUUAAUGUCAAGUAAACCUGUGGAGUCUCCAUCCCUGGCAAUUUUCAAGAGCAGGUUAGAGAGAUUCUGGGCUUGGAAGGUUUAAUCGGCUCGAGCAGGGGGCUGGACUAAACGUGAUCAUCUGAGAUCCCUUCCAGCCCUGCUUUCCUAUGAGCCCAAGAGGAGCCAUUAACCGUAACCCAGUGUGCUGUAGCGAUGACCUACUCAGUGCAGGAGUAACAAGAAAUCUAGUUUGGGCAGAGCCUCCUGUACAUGCAUCCCAGCCAAUGCCAGAAAUAAGGGAAGGCAGGAGGAGGCACAUGGAGCCAUGCCACUGUCCUGUUACUGUCAUGACUGGAAAGGGUGAAGCAGCAGCCUGUGCUGAAAACUGGUAGUUUUUCUCUGCAGGCCUUGUAAUAGUUUAGUCCUUGCACUUCACGCACUCCGGGCAAAGCAGCUCUCUCCCAGGAGACAUCACAGCACGCCAAGACCAUCAACAUGUAAAGCUUGGCUUCAUUUGAAAUCAUUGCAUGCUCACUGCUGGCUUCAAUCGGCAUAGCCCUGGCCACAGUAGUAGCCAGGCUUUGGGGCAGCACUCCCCCUCGCUACUGCUGCAGUACAGAAACUUUGGGCUUUCAGACUUGGCUGUGCAAAGACAAGUGAAGUUAAAAACCUAGAGGGUGUGACUGAGCUGAACAAGCUGUACACAGCAGCUGCCAAAGGCAAGGGCAGGGGAAGAGCAGGCUCCCUUGAUAAUAGACUCCAGACUGUAACUGGGGCCCAGCCCUCCCACUCCUGAGGAACACGAGACUUUACCUAAACUACAUGCUUGUUCCAUGUCCUGUCCUCCGAAACCCCUGUGCUGAGAAGAGCAGUAAGGCAGCAUACAGAGACCAUUUGGAUUUGCUUUGUGGAAGCCAUUGGCAUCAAAGCCUUAGGUUUAAUGCAGAGCAGGGAGAAAAUGCUCUCCUGCCCCCUCUUCGUGCCCGGGGUCACUGAGAUAAGAUGCUCUUGCUAGGCAGCAGCAAAGCAGGGCCCAGCUGAAAUAGCAGCAGCAGGCACAGAGCAGAGGAAAAUAUUCUGUAACUAGAUAAGGGCUGUUGAGGUCACUUCUGGAACAGGGUGUGCGAUUCUGGCCAGCUUACUAGGACAAGGCAAGGGAGGGUGAACGAGGUGGGCUGCAGCUCCUAAGUUUGAUCCAGUGGCAUCCGAUUCCUGAAGAUUAUUCAGCCACAAAAAGGAAAGAGCUCUGCCCCCUGAGCCCGAGUGGGCUUUGCAGAGCAUCACUGCUCCACUCUGAGACAAGCCAUGCACAGAUGAGUAAACACCACUGCAUCAGCCUUCCCCAUGGUACUGUAGAGAAGAUUGUGUCCAUCUCUCACCUAAGCAUCAGCUCUUAAAAAACAGCCUCUUGCUCCUGAAGUCACUGCCCAUGGUACAUAAAGGGGUAGAGCUAAGCUCCACAGCAAAAUAAAUGGCAAACUGCAGCAGAGAUGCACUGUUCUCUUUCCUGGUCCAUGCAGGGGUCUGUGUUGAGUGCCCAGUUCAAAUCUAAUCCUGUCCCUCCCUCUGGAUCCAGGCCUUGCUGCUUAUUCCAUUAAGCAUCUGGGGAAAAGCCCAUUUCAGACAGGAGGCUGCUCUGAAGAUUCAGGGCUGACCUGGUAAAAGAGGAUGACUGAAAGCAAUGGCUCCCCGCCCCUGCCAACAGGCUCUGGCUCAGCUGUAAAGAUGGGAAGAGUGCCGUGAUUUCUGAUAGUCCCAAGGUUUUCUUCCAGCUGCCCUGAACCUUCUGCAGCUCCCAGAAUAUCCCCUGCCUCACUGCUGCAACCAAGCCUGUCCAAGCUGUCAUUAUGGCUCACCUCUACUACUGCAACGAACCGUCUCAGCACCCCCAGUUCCAUAUGAGAUGGGGCUGCUACAAGCUAUCGUGCCCGUGACAUGAUCAUAGCCUACUGGCUCCUUGUCAGCUACUCCC